AAGUAAACAGUGUCUUUGCUCUUUCCCCUUCUCCGGGAAUAUACUCUCAUUGCUUAAACCCACAAUCAUCCUUACUCAAAUUUCCCACUAAACCCUAAUUUUGGUUUUGGAUUACUUCAUCUAUCAAUUGCAAUCUUUCUUUGAAAUCGUUCUUCACCAACAAUGGCUGAUCAACAAACCCUAGAUUCUUCUACUCCUCCUCAAUCCGAUGAUCCCUCUCACUCCCACUCUUCUUCUUCUUCCCCAGCUCCUACCCUCUCAAGAACUUUCUCCUCUAGUCGCCUCAACGCUAAUGCUCCUGAGUUCGUUCCUGGUCGAACUACUCCGCCGUUGCCUCAGCCGAGGAUGAUGAUCCCACCUCCGCCUCCUCCUCUGUUUCUUCAUAUGUACCACCACCCUCCUCCGCCGCCGUUUGAUGUUCCGAUUACUGGACCUAUCCCAUUCCUGCCUCACGAGCGGCGGAGGAGAGACCGUAAGAAGAAAGAUCAAGCCGAAACUGGAGCUUCUGUUUCUUUUGAUCCUAAGAGUGGUUUACCUGAGGAUACGGUCCAGAAGAUAGUGAACCAGGUUGUUAGUGAAGACGGAAAGAGAGUAAGACGCUUAUAUCCCAUUACCGAAUCUGAUCUAGAAGAGUUACAGUCUCGAAUAGUGAUUGCUGAGAAUCUACCUGAGGAUCAUUGCUACCAAAAGUUGAUGAAGAUUUUCUCAGCUGUUGGAAGUGUGAAGCACAUUCGGACCAGCCAGCCACAAAACUCUGGCAGUGGUCGUCCAUCAGCAGCUAGAUCAGCCAAACCUGAUUUCAGUAACAAGGUCCACGCCUUUGUUGAGUAUGAGAGAGUUGAGUUGGCAGAGAAAGCAGUCGCUGAAUUAAAUGAAGAAAGAAAUUGGAGGAGUGGUCUUAGGGUACCGUUGAUGCUGCAGCAUGAGACAAAGGAACCAAAACAUGUUCUUCAAGAACGAGGAAGAAAGGAAGAAGAUGACGUGAUGAGAACAAUUGAGCAAGGACGUGGACAGAAUCAUUAUGGGCGUGGGAAUCAUCAUGUUUCAAACAAUCCAAUGAACAACAAGACAGAUCAAGUGAGCAUGGGGAAGCAACAGGGACCAAGAAUGCCAGAUGGCACAAGGGGAUUUUCGUUGGGUCGGGGAAAACCGCAUCUUCCGAGAGAAUUGCAUCGUCGGAGACCGUCGUACGUGGUGGAGAUGAGUUCGGCUUUACCUUUGAAGCUUUUGCUGCCUCUUACAACAACAUCACUACCUUCUCCGUUCCGAUCAGAUAACCCUGAUUUCUAUCGCCGUCGUUCCUCUUCCUCUACUUCGUGUUCUUCCCAAUCUCAUUCUCCAUCUCUGCUCUUCUCUGUUAGACGACGCCGAUCCAGAUCCUCCUCUCCCUCUAUUCCCAUGUGCUUUCCUGAACAAACGAGAGAUCUAGAAGACGUGGAUAGUUGGAUGAACAAAGAGGACAAUGUGACUUGUAGGUUUGAAUCGGAUGAAGACACCACCACCACCGGACUCCGGAUUCCAACACAGGCUCAGGCUAUCGUUGAAGGACCUGGUUCAGUUGCUGUGUCGGAGCUACAGCCAGUCCCUGAUGUAGAUUAUAUACAAGAGCUGUUGGCUAUACAGCAACAAGGACCAAGAACAAUUGGCUUCUUUGGAACAAGAAAUAUGGGUUUCAUGCAUCAAGAGCUCAUUCAGAUUCUUAGCUAUGCUAUGGUUAUAACUAAAAACCAUAUAUACACAUCAGGUGCAGCUGGAACCAAUGCAGCUGUUAUAAGAGGUGCACUUAGAGCAGAGAGACCGGAACUUCUUACGGUUAUCUUACCUCAAAGUUUGAAAAAACAACCUCCUGAGAGCCAGGAACUAUUGUCAAAAGUACAAAACGUGAUAGAAAAGCCUCACAACGACCAUUUACCAUUAUUAGAAGCCAGCAGGCUUUGUAACAUGGACAUCAUAUCACAAGUGCAACAAAUAAUCUGCUUUGCGUUUCAUGACAGUAAGCUUCUCAUGGAGACAUGUCAAGAAGCCAAAAAUCUCCGGAAGAUUGUUACUCUCUUCUACCUCGAUUGAUUGAUUUCAGUUUCCCACUUCAAAACUCUUCUUCGUCUUCUUACUGUUUUGUUCAUCUUCCUCUUUGUAAAUUAGGAAUCGUCGUCAUUUACACAUACACAACCUAUUCUUUGUCUUUCAUUCUAAAUUUUUGAUUUACUUUAUAGGAUCCUCGAUCAUUUUUAAGACAGUUUGUGGUUAAAUUUCGUUACACUGGCUGAUACAUCAUAGUUUACUCGUGUGCAGUAUUAAUAACAAGAUCUAAAUCAA